CUAGCAGAAAGACAGACGCGACUUCGAUUAAUUGAUUCUCUUUCUCGCCUUCAAAGCAGUUGUAUUCCAAACAGGAAAAUCAUGACUCCGAAUGAGAAUAACAACACAGGCGUGACUACAAUUCCUCCUUGUUGCUUAAAAGCCCGAGCUUUUUCCACCUAUGCCGAUGUUGAAGCCAGAUGUCAUCCAACGGUUGAUUCCGGAUGGUUCUCCGGGAAUCAAACUUCAUCUGAUAAAGAUGGCAAAACAAUCUACUUCAACAGCCCCUUGUGGCCAGGAGAAGCACAUUCAUUAGAAGUAAAAGAGAUUCUAUUCAAAGAAAAAUCAAAAUACCAAGACGUCUUAGUUUUUGAGUCUUCAACAUAUGGAAAAGUGCUUGUUCUUGAUGGCAUCCUUCAAUUAACCGAAAGAGACGAGUUUGCCUAUCAGGAAAUGAUAACACAUCUUCCCCUUUGUUCCAUCAAAUCACCCAAAAAUGUCUUGGUUGUGGGUGGUGGUGAUGGUGGAGUUCUUAGGGAAGUUGCUCGUCACAACUCAGUACAACUUAUCGAUAUAUGUGAGAUAGAUCAGAUGGUUAUAGAUGUUAGUAAGAAGUUCUUCCCUGAUUUAGCUAUUGGCUUCGAGGAUCCUCGUGUUCAUCUCCAUGUUGGAGAUGCUCUUGAGUUCAUCAAGUAUGUCCCAAAAGGAAAGUACGAUGCCAUUAUUGUAGAUUCAUCGGAUCCUGUAGGUCCCGCAACAGAGCUAGUAGAAAAGCCUUUCUUUGAGAUGCUUGCAAGUGCACUACGCCCUGGUGGCGUGCUCUGCAACAUGGCAGAAAGUAUGUGGCUGCACACUCAUCUUAUUCAAGACAUGAUUUCCACGUGCCGUGAAGUAUUUAAAGGCUCUGUUCACUAUGCAUGGGCAAGCGUCCCCACAUAUCCUAGCGGUGUUAUAGGGUUUAUUUUGUGUUCAACUGAGGGUCCUUUUGUAGAUUUUAAAAAUCCCGUGAACCCGAUUGAGAAGCUAGCCAGGACAAUUCACCAUGAUAGAGAACCAAGAUUUUAUAACUCUGAGAUACAUAGAGCGGCCUUUGCAUUGCCAUCAUUUGUGAGGAAACAAGUGAGUAGUCUUUGAAGAAAUGGAUAACCAAUAAGCUAUUUUGUUGCUGGUGAAUGUAGAUUGUUGAUGUUGUUUCAUUAUUAAGUUACGUUCUACCAAUCUUAAAUGAAAUUAAUAUUGGAAAUAGCCAUACCAUAAAACGAAAAUAACAUGUUAAAAUGAAAAUAACAUGUGAUAAGGGAAUAUAUGGUUGUUGUUGAUUUUUGUGAAAUUUGUAU